AUGUUGGAUGAUGAAGAUGACCAAAGCUUUCACGCUACGCGUGACGGCUACUCCCAUUUGAGCGAUGUCGAAUGGGAUGCGGUUGAACGAAUGGGUUCGACCAUGGGCAUCCAUGCUGUUAGCGUCAUGCUAGAGGCUCUCAAUAGAGAUGCCCAACAUGCUACUAUCGCCAAGUUCAUUCAAAAUGAACUUGACGCAGAACGCGAGAAAGUAGCCUUGCUUCACCAACAAGGUUCUCAACAAGCAGAGUUGUUGAGAGAACAAGGUGCUCAACAGUUUGAACUGUUGAGACAGCAGCAGGCUGCUGCUGGCGGGUCGAUGCACUCGCGUCGGCCCGAGACUUUGAAGAUUGACAUCUCCAAGGCGCGUCGCAUCGACGACGGGGAUAUGCAAGUUGCAUUUGCCCAGUCAAAUCUGGCAGGACGUGCCAAGACUUGGGCACUGGGGCUCAAGCUGCACGACCCAUAUGCGUUUGGGUCGUUGGAAGUCUUCAAGUCGCGGCUCAGACAAACGUUUGAACCGCCUAGAGCUGAGUUCAGAGCUCGAACCGAACUCUUGAAGCUCAAGCAGGGUAAGCGUGAUGUGCACGCUUACGCUCAACAUAUACGACAUCUCACGAGUUGUAUAAGUUCCAAUCCGGUGGAUGAACACACGUUGGUUUCGGUGUUCAUGCAGGGUCUUGCGGAUGGUCCCGUCAAGACUCACCUGUUCCGGCUUGAACUAGAUUCACUAGAACAAGCCAUUUCCAUUGCGGAGCAGGAAGACUUCAGUCUGAGACAGGCUCGCGCCAGCUCGACAUCAUAUCGUCAACCGAGACGAUAUGACAACGGAGGUCCAGAGCCGAUGGAACUCUGUUAUGUAGAGAGCGAGAAGGCUCGCUCUACAGGCUACAAGAAGUUGCAGAGAUGCAACAGAUGUCAAAAGACAGGACACUACGCUUACGAGUGUAGUGCCCCUCGUCCAGUGUCUCGCGACACUGGGCGUAGUGACCGUCCACCCAUGAGAAAGGGGCAGGGACGAGGGUCCGCAGUUGGUGCAAAGACGCAACAACGGGAUGGACCGUCAAAAAACGGACAGGAUCAGUAG